AUGGACAGUGGAGAAAAGUCUUUCAGAAGAUAUGAAGGCAGGGCCACGUUUGUGAAGAGCUGCACAGUCCAUGUGUCUCAGAAGCUUUCCACAUGCCAGGACAUUGAGGGUGAUGUCUUGGCCAGCUCAGACCGUCUCCAUCACCAGGCUGAGGGAUAUUCACACAGGAGAACUGAGUACAAGGAUGACUUGCAAAAUGGGCAAAGGAAUAAGCGCAGCAAAUACGGGGAAGCCUUCAGCUUGAAAUACAAAUUUGUUCAGUACCAAGGGGUCCACACUGGAAAACAGCUUUAUGAGUCCAAUGAACACAGGAAAACCUUCAGACAAAAGGCUCACCUCAUUAAACACAAGAGAGUUCACACUGGAGAAAAGCUCUAUGAGAAUGGGCAAUGUGGGAAAUAUUUUAGCCAAAAUUUUAUCCUUAUCCAACACCAGAGAAUUCACACGGGAGAAAAGCAUUAUGAGUGCCAUCAUUGUGGGAAAGCCUUCAGCAAUCACACCAGAAGCACUAACCAGAGACUUCACACUGGAGAAAGGCCUUACGAGUGCAUUGAGUGUGGGAAAGCCUUCAGCCAAAGGGCUCACCUCAGUAAACACCAGAGAGUUCACACUGGAGAAAAACCACAUGAGUGCAGCGAAUGUGGGAAGUUCUUUAGUCAGAUGUUUAAUUUAAGUCAACACCAGUGAGUCCACACUGGAGAAAAGCCAUAUGAAUGUGGUGAUUGUGGGAAGUCCUUUGUUCAACGCUCUGGAUUCUUUAGACAUAAGAGAGUUCACAUUGGUGAAAGGCCUUAUGAGUGUAGUGAAUGUGGGAAAUCUUUUAGCCAAAACUCUGUACUCAUCCAACACCAGAGAGUUCACACUGGAGAAAAGCCAUAUGGGUGCAAUGAAUGUGGGAGAUUCUUUAGUCAAAUGUCUACCUUGAAUCAACAGAGAAUUCACACUGGAGAAAAACCAUAUGAGUGCAAUGAAUGUGGGAAAUUCUUUAGUCAAAUGUCUACCUUGAAUCAACACCAGAGAGUUCACACUGGAGAAAAACCGUAUGAGUGCAGCAAAUGUGGGAAAUUCUUUAGUCAAAUGUCCUCCUUGAAUCAGCACCAGAGAGUUCACAUUGGAUGAAGGCCUUAUGAAUGUGGGAAAUUCUUUGGUCAAUGUAGCCACCUUAUUCAGUACCAAAAACAUCACACCAAAGA